GCCACUACCAAGAGGGCCCUCUGCCUGGUUCCCUGUAACCUCACUUCUCACAAUGAGGGAACCGCCAGAAGGCCCUCGGCGCUAGACCUCAGUGUCCGGGCUGAACGAUGGGGGAGCUGAUGGGUCUCAAGUCUACAGUGAUGCAAAGAUGGGGUUCAGCAUGCUGAGUGGACAACACCGAGAGGGGGUCCAAAGGUCCAGUGGGGGGCAGAUGGGGCUCCUCGACCCAGAAAGGGAACCCAGUUAGGAGAAGGAAAACUCUGAUCCUGAACCCCCUUCAGGAGAAGAAAAGAUUGAGGAGUAAACCUUCCACAAACCCAGAGUGGAUUCCCUAAGGCGGUUGGGUGGCGCUUUGUACGCCACCUUCCAGCACCUCCUGCAGUCACUUUGGUGCUGCUCACAAAGAAAAUUGACUUCCCCCCCAGAGGUGCACUCCAUUGUUAAUCCUUCAAUUUGACAUUUACUGGUAAAUUUAGAUCAACCAGGUGAACCAAAAUGCCGAUGGGGUGCUUGUGCUUACCUACGCCAAAAUCUCAAAGGCUUUAUUUUCCCCACACUUGAUGCUUUAUGUUAUUGCUGUUGUUGUUAUUAUUAAUAUUAUUAGAAUUAUACAAUCGUAGGAUUGUAGAGUUGGAAGGGAUACCAAGGGCUGUCUAGUCUAAGGUUACCAGACGUCCCCGUUUCCCAGGGACAGUCCCCAGAUUUACAAAUCAGUCCCCUGACAAAAUCCAUCUAUUUAGUAGGAAGUUGAAAAGUGUCCCUGGUUUCAUCGAAAAAAAUCUGGUAACCUUAGUCUAGUCCAACCUUUUCGGUGCAGAAUCCAACUACUACUACACUGAUUACCCAGGGCAGAUUAAAAUUCAGUAUUAAUAAGAAUUAAACCAAGACUCAUCCACGCCUGCCCAAGCAACAUUUUUCUUCUCCUGACAGUGUGUCAAUCUUACAACAAUGUAUUUGUUUUGUAGUAUUUUCUAGCACCUCUCAUGAGGACAGACAGAACUUGGCAGAAGACCAAGGGUUCCUUCUGAUCUCUUGGAAGCUUCCUGAGAGCCCAGAUGGAUGAGCAAUACUCAGCUGGCCCUGAAGCAGGAAGAGGCCAUGUCAUCAAAACUGAGAGCAGUGGGGGAUUCUGGGAAAACUCUGUGAAGAAGAUCCUGGGAGAGGAGGACAUUCUCCGCUCAGAUGUGCAGAGCCAGCAGCUCAGGCAGUUCUGCUACCAGGAGGCCGAAGGACCCCGAGAGGUUUGCAGCCGACUCUACUGCCUUUUCCGUCAGUGGUUGAAGCCAGAACGGCGUACUAAAGCCGAGAUGCUGGACCUGGUGAUCUUGGAGCAGUUCCUGGCUGUCCUUCCACCGGAGAUGGAGAGCUGGGUGAGGGAAUGUGGAGCAGAGACCAGUUCCCAGGCGGUGGCCCUGGCCGAAGGAUUCCUCCUGAGUCAGGCAGAGGAGAGGAAGCAGGCAGAGCAGCAGGGAAAGGAUCUGUUUGCAGAAAUGGGCCGGUAUUCCUCUGAGGCAGAGAGAACUCCGUUGGACAUCAAAGAGAGGCCACAGGGUGACAGAAGGAUGUUGGCAAGACCUCCUCAUUCAUCUCUUCAUGGGGGAGGAGAAGAAGCAGCCGCUGUGGAACCAGAUCAGGGUUCAGUGCGCUUUGAAGAUAUCACUGUUCCUUUCACAGAUGAGGAGUGGGUGUUGCUGGAUCCUGAACAGAAAGCUCUGCAUAAGGAAGUCAUGGAGCAGAAUCGUGAGAUGAUGGACUUGUCGGGAUUUCGGUCCCUACGAGCUGCACGAGCUGCCAGAAAGCAGCAAAAGCUAAAAGGUAAAAGAAAAAUCCUUCCUAAGAUGCCACUGGAAGGAGUUUUUUAUUUUGUUUCGCCUACGGCAGACCAACACGGCUACCUACCUGUAACUAUUCUUCCUCCAGGUGGUGAUCAAUUAGAAAUGAAAAACAAGGGAGAAGCCGGGGAGAAACUAUAUCGGUGUUUGGAAUGUGGAAGGAGAUUCAGUCAGGAAUCCCAACUCAUGUCCCAUCAAAGAAUCCACACUGGGCCCAAACCCUAUCAGUGCUUGGAAUGCGGAAAUACCUAUAGUCACAGAAGCACUCUCAUUGCUCAUCAAAGAAUUCAUACAGGACAGAAACCUUAUCGGUGCUGGGACUGUGGAAAGGGUUUCAAUCAGAGGGCCAAUCUCGUGGCACAUCGAAGACUUCAUACUGGGGAGAAACCCUAUCACUGCCAGGACUGUGGGAAAUGUUUCAGUCAGAGGAACAGUCUCGUGGUACAUCGAAGAACUCAUACUGGGGAGAAAUCCUAUCAGUGCUUGGAAUGUGGGAAGUGCUUCAGUCACAGCUUCACUCUCACUUGCCAUCAAAAAACUCAUACUGGGGAGAAAUCCUAUCAGUGCUUGGAAUGUGGAAGGAGCUUCAGUCAGAAGUCCGGUCUCACUUCCCAUCAAAGAACCCAUACUGGGGAGAAACCCUAUCAGUGCUUGGAAUGUGGGAUGAGGUUCAAUCGGAAGGGCAGUCUCACUGCCCAUCAAAGAAUUCAUACUGGGGAGAAACCAUAUCAGUGCUUGGAAUGUGGAAGGAGCUUCAGUCAGAACUCCACUCUCAUUACCCAUCAAAGAAGUCAUUGUGGGAAAAACUAACAAUGAUUGGAAUAUGUACUGAGCUUCAGUCAGAGCUCCUCUCUCACUUCCCAUGAAAUAAUUUACACGGGGGGAAACCUUAUCAGCUUCAAAUACAGAAAGAAUUCCGCAAUCUCACUGCCCACCAGUGAACUCACAAUCAGGAGAAGCCAUAACCAUGGCUGUGUACAGAACUAAAUUUUAGGGGACUUUACUUAA